AUGGCGUUUUUAAGCAAAGUGGGCGGCAUUGUCAGGCAAAGCUUAUGCAGAAAUGUUUUGCCAGCACAACAUGUUCGCCAUAUGUCAUCUAGCAAACUAUUUGUCGGAGGUUCGGGAGUUCUUCCAGUUCGAUUGAUGUCAACAUUAACUUUAUUUUACAUUGUGUUCACAUUUGCCUUCUCUCAAUUUGUCGUUAGGUCUUUCCUAUGGUACUGACGACCUCACACUGAAGGAAGCAUUCACCAGCUUUGGUGAUGUCACUGAAGGUGAGUUAUUAUUCGUCAUUCCUUUUACAACUCUUACAGCAACUUGUUUUUUUCCUGAAAUGUCAAUCACCCAGCUAGGCUAGAAGGCCGUACUUAGGUGUCAAGCUGGUGAUUAUACAUCCAUAUAGAGCUAGUAUAUUUUUCUUAAUCUUUGAACAGAUGCCUGUUGCAAAUGUUUUUCUCCGUUAAUGAGGGGUUCCUGUCAGUGGUGCUGAAUGGGUCAUGUUUUGUCGCAGGGUUGAAGCAUGUUUAGUUAUAUGAAUUGCGAGCACCAUUUUUAUGCUUUCUCCCAUUCAGAAAAAAAAUUAUCUGAGGAGUAACGUUCAUCAUGAACAGGCAGGUUUUUUUUUUUUUUUUUUUGAUCUCUAGGGUCCCUGGUUCUGGUAGUUUUUCACAUGUUCGACAGCAUCCGUUGGUCCAAAUGAUCGAUACAUAGAAAUCACAGUUUCCAUAAACAUAAAUAUAGCUGAAAUAAAAUAAUUUUAAUGAUCAUACCCAAUGCAGCAAGAGUUAUCACCGACCGAGACACAGGGAGGUCGAGAGGAUUUGGGUUUGUGAACUUUUCCGAUGGUGACUCUGCAAAGUCGGCGUUAGAAGGCAUGGACGGCCAGGUUUGCCCGGCAUCCCCCUCUUCCCCAAUAACAGCACCAUACAAUUAUCUCCUACGCAAAUGCCUGUAAUCGUUUUCUCACUCCUAUCAGGAAUUGAACGGAAGGAAUAUCCGGGUAAGCUACGCCAACGAGAGAAGUGUUGGAGGAGGUGGAGGAGGCGGUUUCCGUGGUGGGUAUGGUGGGGGGGGCGGAGGUUAUCGAGGUGGUGGUGGCUAUGGCGGUGGUUCGGCCAAUCAGGACGAUUUCUGA